AUGGCAUCGUCAUCUUACAGAACCUCGCGCGAGACGGACCUACUGGGAUGGCGCUUGAAAGUAGGGGAGGACAAUCACGGCCAGCACAAAUGGGUGUAUCUCCCCGAAGGACCAGCGCGGGAGGCUUGGCCCCAAAGCAAAGGCGACAAGUAUGCGAUCGGUCUGGAGAUGGACAUGCCGGAUCUCCCUCAACCUAAAACUUACAUGGACGGCGCGCGGAAUGGUCUGGCUUUCUACAAGGAGCUGCAGGCGGAGGAUGGACACUUUGCGACAGAGUACGGAGGACCCCUGUUCUUGAUCCCCGGCUUGAUUGUGGCUCUGUCCGUUACUGGUCAAGCGCUCAGGCCUGAGCAACAAGCAGAGAUGCGACGGUACCUCUUAGCGAAGCGUCGGCCAGAAGGUGGAUGGGGCCUCCAUACCGCCGCCCCACCCACGGUAUUCGGGACGGUGAUGAACUACGUCGCGCUUCGGUUGUUGGGCAUGAGUCCGGACGAGGAGCCGAUGACAGAGAUCCGAGCUCUAAUUCACAAAAUGGGCGGCGCGGUGUGUAUCCCAACGUGGGGAAAGACUUGGCUGAGUAUACUGGGGUGCUAUGAAUGGGAGGGAAUGGGUCCGGUCCCGCCAGAACUCUGGCUCCUCCCUGAUUGGGUCCCGUUUGCUCCAUGGCGCUGGUGGGUCCAUGUUCGUAACGUCGCCGUCCCCACUGCCUACCUCUACGGUAUCCGCUUUAUCGGCCCCAUCACUCCUCUCGUCCUCUCUCUCCGACAAGAACUCUACACCCAGCCCUACUCAUCCAUCAAAUGGGCCAAACAACAAACCAACAUCUCCCCUCUGGACAUCUACAAUCCCCAUUCCCGGACUCUCGAUGCCGUGCACGCCGUCUGCCACAUAUACGAGCACCUCCCAUCCCUGCCCUACGUCUCGUCCCUGCUCCCCAUCCGCAAACUCGCCCUCAAGCGGGUCUACCAACUCUUGACGUACGAAGACGAAAACACCGGGUAUCAGACCAUCGGGCCCGUCUCCAAGGCGUUCAACAUGGUCGCUCGGUUCGCUGGCGAAGGUGCCGACAGCCAUGCGUUCAAGCAGCACAUGAUCAAGGUUGAAAACUUUUUGUGGAUGGGCAAAGACGGGUUGAUGAUGUGCGGCACGGACGGGAGUCAGUUGUGGGAUUUGACCUUCAUUGCGCAGGCGAUGGUAGAGACGGGCUUGGCGGAGGAGGAGGGAAACAGAAAGUGUGUGGAGGGGAUGUUGGGGUGGUUGGAUAAGGCGCAGAUCAGGGAGAAUCCGCCGCAUUUUGAGAGUGCGUGGAGGCACCGGACCAAGGGAGCUUGGGCGUUUUCUACCCCAGAGCAGGGAUAUGUGGUCAGUGACUGUGUCGCAGAAGGUCUCAAAGCAGCCAUGUCCCUCCAGUCCCUCUCCAAUACUUCGAAAAACAUCACCGUCGACCGAAUGCGGGAUGCGGUCGAUACCAUCCUCUCGAUGCAGAACCCGAACGGCGGGUACGCGAGCUACGAGCUGCAACGAGCUGGAGAAGGGCUGGAGAUCAUCAAUGCCGCUGAAGUAUUUGGGAGUAUCAUGAUUGAUUACCUGUACCCAGAAUGUACCACCUCGGCUCUGUCGGCUCUGGUACACUUCUCCAAGAUCGACCCAUCGUACAAGAAGAAGGAGAUCGCAAUGACAGUCGAGAAGGCCAUCAAGUGGAUCAAGACGGACCAGCGUGCAGAUGGGUCAUGGUAUGGCUCCUGGGGUAUCUGCUUUACCUACGCCACAAUGUUUGCGCUCGAAGCGCUCGGGAUCGCCGGCGAGACUUAUGCCAAUUCGGACAAUGUCCGCCGGGCCUGCGAUUUCCUAGUGGGCAAGCAAAAGGAAGAUGGAGGUUGGGGUGAAACAUACAUGUCCUGCGUAUCCCUCGAAUACGUCCAACACGACACAUCCCAAGUCGUCAUGACAGCCUGGGCUAUCCUUGCCCUUAUUUAUGGCCAGUACCCCGACAAGACGGUCAUUGACCGGGCGGCCAAAGUUAUCAUGGGGAGACAAAAGAAGGAUGGAAGGUGGGAACAGGAAGAUACAGAGGGGAUCUUUAACAAGAAUUGCGCAAUUGAUUACCCGGCGUUCAAGUUUAUCUUUUGUAUUUGGGCGUUGGGGAGGGCGGACAAGUAUCUCAGAGAGUAG